AUGAAGCUCCUGCAAUUUUUGAUAUUUGCUGUACUAUUGGCACUACCCAACAUAAAUGCUAACCGAGAAGUGUCACUUGUGAAAAACUGGAAAGAGAUCUUGCUCACAGAAGGAGAAGAUGGAUUGAUAUGCACGUUGUCGUUGGAUGCAUGUUCCAGGUCAGCAACCCCAUACAAUGUUUCAAAAAAAAUUUCAAAGACAUCAGUGAAUGCGUCAGAAAAAGAACCCUUACCAGAAAAAAGUAUUGAAAGCUUCGAUGAAUGGACGAAGAAAAGAAGAGAUGCUGUAGCAAACCAAAAUGUACAUCAUCAAAAGGUGAUGGAGCCACCAUCCGGAGCAACAGCAAGACAUGAUGAAGUCGUCAUUUCCCUUCCUCCGAUUUCUCGACCACCUAGAAAUUUUGCGAGUCGAGAGUGUGGGGCAAAAAUCAUAGCUGCUAAUCCAGAAGCGGAGAAUGCGAAAGCCGUUCUAAACGAGAAAGAUGUUGAUGAUUAUAUGAGAAACCCAUGUCAAUCCUCCAAAGAAAAGUUUAUUGUUGUGGAAUUAUGCGAAGCAAUUCAAAUCAAAAAGUUGGCGAUUGGCAACUUCGAAUUGUUUGCCUCGAGACCGAAAACAAUACAAGUAUUCAUUUCUGAGAGAUAUCCACCUCUAGCUAGUUGGGUUUCUCUAGGAUCUUUUCAUCUACAAGAUCAUCAUAAGCAUUUACAAACAUUCGAAGUACCAAAUACCAAUAUCUAUGCCAAAUACGUCAGGAUCAAUCUUGAAGAUCACUACGGGAAAGAACAUUACUGUAUUGUUUCCGUUGUAAAUGUAAUGGGAAGUACAUUGUCUGACGAAUAUGACAAAGAAGAAGCAGCUGCACACCUUCUAAAUGUUAUUGAUGAAAAGAAUGAAGAACCAGUUACGACUCCUCCACCUUCAGAGCAAAAGGUUCAGACUCAAUUGCCAGUUCCACCACGAGGAUCAAAUUAUACCAAUAAGUUGAAAAGAUUCAGCUUCCUCGAAAUCCGAUCCAUGUGCUCACAGUGUUCGGCAGAAAAAGUUUCGUAUUUGCAUUGCCAUCUGCUUACCAGACAAUCGAAACCAUUCAAGCCUACUCUCACACCGAAACCAGUAACAGUAAAACCACCAGUCACCGAAAAUCGAAAUUUGAAAGUGGAAAUCGGUUUAUGGGCAGAGAGAAGUAGGCACACCAUUUUCGAACAAUCUAGGAGGAGAAAUUUGGCAACCAUACAGCGAUUACGGGCAGAAGACACUGCUACAGAGAGCACUUCGACUCCUACUGUUCCAAAUGGUCCAGUAGAAACUCCUGUACCAAAGGUGGAUGAAAUUGUAAAAACUGAAGAGAAAAUAUCAACUUCGGAUGAAACGAAACCAACGGCUCAACCAGAUAUCCCACAGCAGGCUCAGGAACAAACGACACCUGCCCCUCCUAAGACAAAAUCGGAGUCAAUUUUACCCGCUGGUGGAUCCACAAGUCAAAGAGAAAUGGUUCUGAUGAAACUGAGUAAACGGAUUGCUGCAGUGGAAAUGAAUUUGACGCUGAGUACGGAGUAUCUCUCUGAACUUAGUAAACAAUAUGUCUCGCAAAUGAGUGGCUACCAGCAUGAACUCAAAGAAACUCGGAAGGCUUCCAGAAAAUCUGCUCAGACUGUUGAAGCAAUUAUGCGCUCAAAAAUUAACAAUGUGAAGAGGGAGCUUCGAGAACUCCGACAAUCGGUUUACCUAUUGCAGCAAUUGGAAAACAGUCGUUAUAAGAACGCUCAGAACGAAAUGAGUCGGAAUGUAUUUAUGUCAUCUUGUCAUAUAAGCUCAAAUGUGCCACCAAGUCCAACGCUCCCCAAACUACCGUUAAUCAUUCCAUCUGUGAGUGACAAGCUGGAAAACUUUACAAAAUUUGAAGAAAGAAUGAAAAAGAUUUAUCAAACUGCUAAAUCGGUGAUGUUAGGAUCGAUAACCUGGAAUACUGAUCAUCUGAUUGUUGCUCUGAUUUCCUUCAACAUUCUGGCUCUAUCAUUUCUAUUCGCUGGUGUAUUCUACAUUCACAGAAGAAAUAAAGAACGAUGCGAGGAGACUCAGUCAAUUGUGCGCAAUGAAUUGAGAACUCGGAUAGCAAAAGUUGGUAUUGAAAACAAGAAGUUUAUAUCGAAAGGAAUGCGACGUGCUGAGCUCGCUGUAACUGCUGCUGUUUCAUCAGCUCUGAAAGUGGAGAAAACGUCAAGUAGUCGAAAAACAAUGACCGAAUUGGAAACUGCUCUUGCGAAUCUGUUUGCUGCUCAGCAAGUGCGGAUAGAAGAACAAUUUGUACAGAAUCAACGAGUUCUCCGGGAUGUUUUGGCCGAAGGGCAGCGACCGAGAGCAGAUGAUAAUUUGAGUGUGGAAGACAGUGAGAGUUUAUCAGAAACGGAGAAAGAAGACACACCAAUUUCCAAUCAAGACUAG